AUGGCGAAGGAUACCGAAAACGAUGCUGUCCAAGCAGCGCUCCCACGCCGAAUCCCACACUGGCGCAUCUUAACAGACCAGGGUGUGGUCACCCCUGAGAUAAUCGACUAUCCAUAUGUUGGAUCCGGCACCGAGGAGGAUCCCUAUGUGGUGGAAUGGAUCCCCAAUGACCCGCGCAAUCCAAUGGAAUUCAGCCUGGCCUUGAAAUGGAUGUAUACCGUCAUAGUCGCCUUUGCCACGUUCGCAGUGUCACUCUCUUCAUCUGCCUACGCGGGUAGUAUCAAAGAAGUGGUUACCGAUCUCAAUGCCAGCGAGGAAGUCGCUACUCUUGGCGUCUCAAUGUUCGUCAUUGGGUUUGCUGUUGGCCCUCUGCUGUGGGCACCACUGUGCGAGCUUAUCGGUCGCCAGAUCGUGUUCCUGGGAACGUUCCUUGCUCUAUCGAUCUUCUGCGCCGGUGCAGCAGGCUCGAAAAACAUCUGGACGCUGAUCAUACUCCGCUUUUUCGCUGGCUCCUUUGGCUCUUCGCCACUCACCAAUGCGGGCGGCGUAAUCGCCGACAUCUUCACCGCUGAACAUAGAGGUCUAGCAACGAGUCUAUUCGCCGGUGCCCCAUUCCUAGGCCCAACAAUGGGACCUGUGAUAGGAGGCUUCCUAGGCGAAAAUGCAGGCUGGAAAUGGGUACAAGGGUUCUUAGCGGUAUUCACCGGCCUAAUCUGGAUGGUAGAAAGCCUCAUCAUCCCAGAAACCUACGCACCAGUCCUACUAGCCAAACGAGCCCAAACUCUCUCAGCUCUAAGCGGCAAAGUCUACCGCAGCAAAGUGGAAAUCCAGCGUGGGCGCAUCUCUCCUAGAGAUGCCUUCAAAACCGCCCUAGGAAGACCGUGGAUCCUCCUCUUCUCCGAGCCAAUCGUCCUUCUCCUCUCUCUCUACAUGGCCAUCGUCUACGGAACUCUUUACAUGCUCUUCGACGCUUUCCCAAUCAUUUUCCAGGAUAUUCGCGGCUGGAGCGAGGGUGUCGGUUCCUUGCCCUUCCUAGCAGUGAUGAUCGGCAUGAUGAUAGCUGUCGGCGUAAACAUGUACGAUAACAAGCGCUAUGUCAGAAUCCACAAAGCCCACAAUGGCUUCGCACCACCAGAGGCUCGUCUCCCACCGACAAUGUGGGGUGGUCUUGCCAUCCCCAUCGGGCUAUUCUGGUUCGCGUGGACGAAUUCGGCGUCGAUCCCAUGGAUCGUAUGUGUGCUUGCAACUGCGCCGUUCGGGUUCGGUAUGGUAUUUGUUUUCCUAGGGAUUAUGAAUUAUCUCAUUGAUGCAUAUACCAUUUAUGCCGCCUCUGUGCUUGCUGCGAAUUCGAUUAUUCGGUCUUGUUUUGGUGCUGGGUUCCCGCUGUUUACGACUUAUAUGUAUCAGAACCUGGGGAUUCACUGGGCGUCGUGUGUGCCUGCUUUCUUGGCGCUUGUUUGUUGUCCGUUCCCCUUUAUCUUUUAUCGGUAUGGACCUGCUAUUCGGCGGAAGUGCAAGUAUGCUGCCGAGGCUGAUGAUUUCAUGCGCGCUCUGGCAAAGAAGGCCGGUACUCAGGGGGAUGGGGGCCAUGAUGAGAAGAAGGAUGAGAUUGUGGCUGAAGCCGUUGUUGAUGGCAGUCAAGCUCCUGAAGCGAUGGCAGAUGCUGAUGCUGCGUCUUUGUCCUCGAGGUCGUCGCUUGAGCGGACGGGGACUUAUGAGGCCAAUCCUUAUGAUAUUGACCGCGUGAACACUCGCAACUCUGCUAUUACACAACGGUCGCAAUCACGUAAUAGGUGGAAGUUGUUUGGUCGUAAGUGA